AAUAUAACGUUGAUUUUUUCCCCACGGCAAAAGCACAAGCAACCGCCGGCUAACUCGAGAAUGCACAAAACCAAUCGAAAAUUGCUGCAAAAUACGGAGAUCGGUCGCUCACCAGGCAAAAGAGUUGAACAGAGUUCAGCAGGUUCAACAUUCGGAAAAUUCAGAUCUCUAACUUUGCCGCAAAAAGGAAUCAAAAUUGCUUCCUACCCGACAAUCUCCGCCCUUCCCACCGCCAUCUCCUCCGACUCGAACGGCGCCCUAGCCGGCUGGUCCGUCGUCUCCAGCUGGAACAGAAUCGGCCUGCGCUAUUCAAAGCAAAUUGGUCGACACGACCCGUUUACCCGGAUGUCAACCGGACGACAACAAAAGGCCCGAGAAACCCGCUAUAGGAUCUCCCAACAGCAAUUUCCAAGAUCUUUUCCUUCUCAUCAGCACCCUUCAACUGGGAGAGAGAGAGAUAUCGAGGUUUAAAUCCUGUUUAUACACAGUGGCUGAUGACAAAUCAAUUGUGGAGAUGGGGUUUAGGGCUGGGUUAUAUAUUUGCGGUGGCCACAAUUUGGAUUGCCGCCAGUUUUGUGGUGCAGUCGGUUGUAGACGAGGGGGUUUCCCCAUUUCUAGUAACGUACAUUUGCAAUUCGCUGUUUAUCGUGUAUAUACCAUUAGUCGAACUGGGGCGCUUUCUGGAGGAUAAGUACGGUAGCCUUUUGUUCUGGCGGAAUACAAAAGAUGCCUCUUUGCAAGAAUCGAGGGCUCUUGAGAAGGAGAUUCUUCUCGAGAAUGGAGAGGCCAGUGCAAAAACUGAUGUAUUGAAUUUGGAUGUGAUUGGAGCAGAAGAAGAACAUGGCGAUAAUGAUGCCCAUGAAGGAGGUGUUAUAGGACCACAUUUGGUUGUUGAGAAUGGUGGUGGCUGUUUAGGGCUGGAUGCAAAAGGUCGUUGGACACGUUGGAGGAUUGCAAAAGUCAGCCUGUUGAUUUGUCCUAUGUGGUUCUUUGCCCAGCUCACGUUUAACCUCUCUCUCAAGUACACUACAGUCACUUCAAAUACCAUCUUAAGCAGCUCGUCAAGUUUGUUCACGUUUCUAGUCGCUCUAGUAUUUUUGGGGGAGAAAUUCACUUGGUUUAAGCUAGUCAGUGUGCUGCUCUGCAUGGGAGGGACAAUAAUUGUUAGCCUUGGCGACUCAGGCACUGGUGCCAGUGCAGUUGCCUCAAACCCUGCUCUUGGGGAUUUUAUGGCCCUUUUAUCUUCGAUGUUUUAUGCUGCAUACAUUACCCUAAUUCGGCACGAGUUACCGGAUGAAGACAACGAAGAACAGGGCCAUGCUAGUAUGGGCCAGUUUCUCGGGUUCUUGGGCCUUUUCAACCUUGUGUUGUUUUUUCCUGUUGCUCUCGUACUUGACCUCUUCGAGCUCGAGCGUUUUAGUGCUCUUAGCAGGAAGCAGUUUGGUCUGAUUGUUGGUAAAGGUUUACUGGAUAAUGUAUUGAGCGACUAUUUGUGGGCCAAGGCCGUUUUACUGACGUCAACCACUGUGGCCACAGCAGGUCUCUCGAUUCAAGUGCCAUUGGCAGCCAUUGUUGAUAAAUUGACUGGAAAUGCGCCUGGUGCUUUGGAUUAUAUUGGAGGUGCUGCCAUAAUGGUUGGUUUUACAGGCAUCAACAUCCCUUCAGAUGUUUUUGGCGGAGCUAAAGAAGCAGACAUCAAAUUGGAGAAAGUGAGCAUAAAUCGAGAUGAUGGGGAACAACUUUGAAGGGUUCUCGGUAGCUUUUUAGCUGUUUUUAGUGUAGAGGGACAAGUAUCUGAAGUAUGUACAAUCUGUAGUAAUAUAUAAUAGAUAGAGUUGAUUCUUUCGACUUUUGAUCACGAAAGUUAUGCUGGGUUUUCACCCUGAGAUUUGUAUUGUACGUACCAUUAGCACCUUUGGAGAUGAGCACAUUUCAUAAGAGGUAAUAAUAGAUGGAUGUGUUCUGUUGAAUUGAAACUGUUACCAUUAAUGUGAUUAUCAUUUUGGAAACAUUUUUUGGGGUUGAAUAUUAUGUUUUGACAAAAGA